GACCUGGCCUUGAGUGCAAAGUCGCUUCCUGUCUGGUAGUAUUUUGCAACAAGUUGAGUACAUAAGCGUGACAUUCACUGGUUGCGGCUAGAAAAACUUGCAAACUGAGAAUCAAAUAUCGAGAGAAAGAGCAUAUAUACUUCUGGACCUGUUAGUGUGAUCUAUUUGUAAUGGGGUGCUGUUGUAGUUGCGAGGAAGACAGCGCAAAUCAGGGUCCUGUGAAUGAGAGAUCUCCUCUCUUGAACGGCAAUACAUCAGCUCCAGUGCCAAACAACCAGAGGGCUGGGGAUGAUGGUAUAACCACUUCAGCAACACCAAUUUCCAAAACAGAUGAACAGUCUAUGCUCAACAGAAUAUUACACCAAACUGCUAACAAUGUCAUAGAUGUUUCUUCGACAGAACCACACAGUUUAGAAAGAACAGAAUAUUUGGAGCGAUCUAGAUUAUAUUUGUCCAAACUAUCAGCUGCAAAUGUCUCACAUUUACCCAAAGGACGACCUCUUCCAUCAGGUGUUACAGCACCAAGCACAAUCCUUGCUGCCGACCCCAUCGCUCCAUCUGAUGUUAAUUUGGUAAUAUCAGCUGCCAAAGGUGCAGAAGACUCGCUAACAGGCUUCCAUGUCAAUCAUAAAGAACCAUUAGUGGUACCAUUCGGAUCAACAUAGUAGUAGGCAGAUUUGACUAUAGGAAGAAAUUAAAAUUAUCCAAGUUUCUCAAAGGAAUCUUUAAAGCAAAGCCCUGCGAUGCAUAUCAGUGGAAAAGAAUAUUACCAUUGUGGUCUAUAGUUAUGCUGCAAAAAUAGCUCAUUAUUUACCAAAGAGAGUCCCCUUUGCAGGAAGUUGAGAGCCCGACUGUCUGCACAGGGAGCUACAGGCUUAUCUUGAUUAUCUGUCGACCAGUGGGUUGCGGCAGUGAAUGUAGACGUCUAGGAUCUAAAAAUGCUAUAAGAACACCUCUGAUACAUUCAGAUCUUUUUUUUAGGUUAAUUUGCCUUUCAUUUGUAAGUUUUCAUUUUUGUUUAUCAACAUCGAUUUUUUCAUGAAGUGUUUAUAAAAACACAAAACAUCUUCUAUCUCUGUCCCCUAAAGGGGACAACUCAUCCUUACAACAUGGGCGGUAAGGGGGGGAGGGACCUGCACGUUUCACUAGUUUCAAAAAUUAGGAAAUCACGUUUCACGAUAAGCUGAUAAACUGACGACAAGGAUCAAUCUUUACUCGGAAAUCACGAUUCACGGUAUUUUAAAAGCAUAAAUCACGAUUUACGAUUUUUAAAGAGCAUAGAUCACGAUUCACGCUGAUCAAAUUUCGUCAUUCACGAAUCACGGCGAAGUUAGCAAUCACGGAUCACGGUUUUCAAUUUGUCCUUUUCACGAUCCGCCCCUGUUACAAGAUGCCUUUUGCAUUUUUACUUUAGAAGAAAUGCAUAAUGGUUAUUGUGCCCUACCAUUCAUUCGUCAACGUUAAGGAAACACGGGAACCUAAACUAAGUGUAUUUGAUUUGCAAUAUGUUAAAGUUAAUGAAUACAUUUUACAGUAAAUGACUGAGCCCCCCCCCCCCCCCCCUUGCCCUAAUAAAUUAUCACUCCCUUAUGUUGUCAUGGAAUUUCUUGACUCUCAGUUGGUUGACAUCUUAGAGUUGAUGCUCCUGGUGGUAUUCACUUGAUUUUAAUGUCCGUUACUAUAAUAUAGCAAAGUGUAAUAAAAAUUGUAUGUGCUA